UAUGACAGGGGGCAGUAUGUGCAGGAGAGGAGUGUGGAGGGUAUGAUAGGGCAGUAUGUGCAGGAGAGGAGUGUGGAGGGUAUGACGGGCAGUAUGUGCAGGAGAGGAGUGUGGAGGGUAUGACAGGGGCAGUAUGUGCAGGAGAGAGAGUGUGGAGGGUAUGACAGGGGGCAGUAUGUGCAGGAGAGGAGUGUGUGGAGGGUAUGACAGGAGGGGAGUAUGUGCAGGAGAGGAGUGUGGAGGGUAUGACGGGGGGAAGUAUGUGCAGGAGAGGAGUGUGGAGGGUAUGACAGGGGGAAGUAUGUGCAGGAGAGGAGUGUGGAGGGUAUGAGGGGCAGUAGUAUGUGCAGGAGAGGUGUGUGGAGG